AAGGCCUGCUGGGUGCCGGUUGCCGGGGCCAAGAUGUCGCUGGUCAAGAAAAGAAAGCUUGAGUCGGGGGGCGGCGGCGCAGAAGGGGAGGGAGCUGAGGAGGAAAAUGGCGGGGAGCCGGAGGCAGCCCCGCCACGACCCCGGAGGACUAAGCGCGAGCGAGACCAGCUGUACUACGCGUGCUACUCGGACGUCUCGGUCCACGAGGAGAUGAUCGCCGACCGCGUCCGCACCGACGCCUACCGCCUGGGCAUCCUGAGGAACUGGGCCGCGCUGCGAGGCAAGACCGUGCUGGACGUGGGCGCGGGCACCGGGAUUCUGAGCAUCUUCUGCGCCCAGGCCGGCGCGCGGCGGGUGUACGCUGUGGAGGCCAGCGCCAUCUGGCAACAGGCCCGGGAGGUGGUGCGGCUCAACGGCUUGGAGGACCGCGUGCAAGUCCUGCCGGGCCCGGUGGAGACGGUGGAGCUGCCGGAGCAGGUGGACGCCAUCGUAAGCGAAUGGAUGGGCUACGGACUUCUGCACGAGUCCAUGCUGAGCUCCGUGCUCCACGCGCGGACCAAGUGGCUGAAGGAGGGCGGUCUCCUCCUGCCGGCUUCCGCGGAGCUCUUCGUGGCCCCGAUUAGCGACCAGAUGCUGGAAUGGCGUCUGGGUUUCUGGAGCCAGGUGAAGCAGCACUACGGCGUGGAUAUGAGCUGCAUGGAAAGCUUUGCCACGCGUUGCCUCAUGGCUCACUCGGAGAUCGUGGUGCAGGGUCUGUCCGGCGAGGACGUGCUGGCCCGGCCGCAGCGCUUUGCCCAGCUCGAGCUGGCCCGCGCUGGCCUGGAACAGGAGCUGGAGACCGGCGUAGGCGGGCGCUUCCGCUGCAGCUGCUACGGCUCUGCGCCUCUGCACGGUUUUGCCAUCUGGUUUCAGGUGACCUUUCCUGGAGGGGACUCGGAGAAACCCCUGGUGCUGUCCACCUCGCCUUUCCACCCAGCCACGCACUGGAAGCAGGCGCUCCUCUAUUUGGAUGAGCCAGUACCGGUGGAACAAGAUACGGACAUUUCGGGAGAGAUCACCCUGCUGCCCUCCCUGGACAACCCCCGGCGUCUGCGCGUACUUCUGCGUUACAAAGUGGGGGACCAUGAGGAAAAGACCAAAGACUUUGCCAUGGAGGACUGAGCGUUGCCUUUUCUCCCAUCCACCUUCUUCGGAAGGUCAGAAGAGAAAGGGAGAUCUAUGCAAGUAGGGGACACAUCUGUCUCUUUUACCUCACCCUUUCUGGAGAAGGCAGUGACUUCAGUCUUCACUCUAGGACAUUCUUCUGUCAAUGUUUAUUUAAAAAGCACUGUGACAGUAUCAACAUGGCUGUACAUGAAGAGCCAUGUAUGCCACUGAGAAUGAAAGGUUCCCAAGGAGCACCGUGGCCAUUGGGGAUGAAGACAUCUGGGAGGGAUGGAAGCCUGCGGUGUGUGCACACCCGGGCACUAUCUGAU